AUCAGUUUAAUAUUUUUUGUUUCAUAGCGUACUUUCACUGACGGAGUAACAAUUAUAUCAAUAAGGGAAAAUAUAAUUUGCCUGUGAGGCGCAACUUAAAAGAUGAGGUCAUUAAAUUCCUCUUGUCACAAUAUCAAUAAAAUUGCGUUCAGAUAUUCUGGACCUUUAAAUGCCGUAUCGAUCUCACUAAUUUCCUCUAUACUAAAACACUACCCGGAACCAUUUGAUGUGACACAGGCUGGGUUUAGGACUGCAGUCCAUGUACGGAUCACCUCUCAUUGUUUACAUUUCAAUUCGGUAUGUUCCCUGGGUUUUUGAGGUUGUCAGUAACGCGGAAUCGACUCUAACCCUUUAUCGAUUAUAUAUAUUUAGGUUAAGAGUAAACAUACCCUCAGAGGUAAAAUCGAGGAGUGAAGCGACGACUAGCCCUGUGUGCUAACAAACUAACCCAGCUCCAUCUUUACUGUGUCGCCUAGUUGCUCCAAAAAUGCCAUAUUAGCCUCCGCAUUUAAGCUGGAUUUUUCCUGCCAGGAUUUCCAGAAUAAACCCAUGAUUGAGGUGGAAUAGCACCUAGUCAGCCUUAAGGGCACAGUCAGUCUUCAGUUCAGGCAAUAUUCCAGGUGCACAAUGUUUGGUGUACCUAAAAGUUCCAAGUCCGAGUUCCUGGACAAAGCAAGGCAGGCCAGGGAGGAGAGGAAAGGUCAGAAGGAGAAGGAGAGAGCAGCAACCCAGAUCCAAGCUCUGGUUAGGAGAUUCCUCUGUCGAUGCAGACUGCAGAAGCAAAUUAGGAAAGAAGUUGAUGACUAUUUCCAAGCCUCUGAACCAGGCACAUCAAAAAGAAAUGCACUUUCAAUUUUCAAAAUUGCUCAGAAGUUGAUGUUUAUAUUUUGUCAAGAGGACAAGAUGAGGUUUGAAAAGCUCUGUCGUGCUAUUCUGGCCAGCAUGGAGGUUGAAAAUGAACCUAAAGUCUGGUAUGUGUCAUUGGCCCUUUCCAAAGAUCUUACUAUACCCUGGCUCAAACAGAUUAAAGAUGUCCUGUGGACCUGCUGUCAGUUAUUGAAAAACCUAAAGCCUGACAUACUUCAGGACAAUAAAUUGGUUACACUGUACCUCACCAUGCUGGUAACAUUCACAGACACGUCAACCUGGAGGAUAGUGCGUGGAAAGGGAGAAGCUUUCCGACCUGCUUUAAUAAAGAUCUGUGAAAACAUCAUGGGCCAUCUCAAUCAAAAAGGAUUUUAUUCCAUGCUUCAGAUCUUGUUGACCAAUGGCUUGGCUCGCUCUAAGCCCUCCCUGUCCAAAGGCAGUCUCACAGCAGUUUUCACCCUGUCAUUAAGGCCGGUCAUUGCUGCUCACUUCUCUGACAACCUCCUGAGAUCAUUUCUUGUGCACAUCAUGUCAGUUCCCGCUCUCAUAUCCCACCUCACUAUGCUAGCACCAGAGAGCAUGACAACAAUCCAGACCCAUGACCUCCUGAGGAAGUUCAUUUUGUUUCUCAGUCAGGAAGAACAGUGUUCAGACAUCUGUGUAUGUCUGGAGGGGAGCCACACACUCUGCUUACUUGGUAAUCUGAUUCACUUGGGUUACAUAAAUGAGAAGGUUCUGGAAGAGGAGGCCCAUCAUUUUGUGAAGGACCUGACUGUCAUGUUGUCAUACUGCCAGAGAUAUGUGUCCCAGAAGAAAUCCAACCUCACACACUGGCAUCCUGUGCUCGGCUGCAUCUCCCAAAAUGUAGACUACGGUCUGAAUGAAUCAAUGCCACUGGUCACCAAACAGCUUCAGUACCUUUGGGGUGUCUCUGUCAUCCGAACGCUCUUCAGUGAUGUCCUGUCUAAAAAGCUUGAAAGUCAAGAACCUACUCCUCCACCUCCACAGCCCAGCACCUCACAGAACAACCUGCCUGUUAAAAAUCUUUUUAAACGAGCGUUUCAGAAGUCCGCUUCAGUUAGGAACAUCCUGAAACCAGUAGGUGGGAAGCGAGUCGACUCGGCCGAGGUCCAGAAGGUGUGCAGCAUCUGUGUACUGUACCAGACCGCUCUGUCUACACUAACGCAAAUACGCCUCCAGAUUCUCACAGGUCUGACACACCUUGAUGACCUUUUGCCAAAACUGUGGGCCUUCAUCUGUGAGCUUGGUCCUCAGGGAGGACUCAAACUCUUCAUGGAGUGUCUGAACAACGACACGGACGAGUCCAAGCAGCUUCUGUCCAUGCUCAUGCUGUUUUGUGAUUGCUCACGGCAUCUCAUCACAAUUCUCGAUGACAUUGAGGUGUACGAAGAACAAACGUCCUUCAAGAUAGAAGAACUCAUCACUAUCUCCUCCUUUCUGAACACAUUUGUGUACAAGAUGGUAUGGGAUGGCAUCCUAGAGAACGCAAAAGGAGAGAAACUGGAAUUGUUCCACAGCGUUCACGGCUGGCUGAUGGUUCUCUACGAACGAGACUGCAGGCGACGGUUCACACCGGACGACCACUGGCUACGCAAGGACCUGAAACCUAGCCUGUUGUUCCAAGAGCUAGAGAAAGGGAAAAAAAGAGCUCAACUUUUGUUGCAGUACAUCCCCCAUGUCAUUCCACAUAAAAACAGGGUUCUGUUGUUUAGGAACAUUGUAACAAAGGAAAAGGAAAACUUGGGCCUGGUUGAAACCAGCUCAGCUUCACCUCAUGUCACACAUAUUACCAUCCGUCGUUCACGUAUGUUAGAGGAUGGAUAUGACCAACUACGUCGUUUACCGGUGAAUUCCAUAAAAGGUGUCAUCCGUGUGAAGUUUGUGAACGACUUGGGAGUAGACGAGGCUGGUAUCGACCAGGAUGGUGUCUUUAAGGAGUUUCUGGAGGAGAUUAUUAAAAAAGUGUUCAAUCCAGCUCUCAACCUAUUCAGGACUACGAGUGGAGAUGAAAGGCUGUAUCCUUCACCCACAUCUUAUAUCCAUGAGAACCACUUACAGCUAUUUGAGUUUGUGGGGAAGAUGCUCGGGAAAGCUGUCUAUGAGGGCAUUGUGGUAGAUGUGCCGUUCGCCUCCUUUUUCCUCAGUCAGGUCUUGGGUCACCAUCACAGCACCUUCUACAGCUCCAUUGAUGAGCUUCCUUCCCUGGACUCAGAGUUUUACAAAAACCUCACAUCCAUAAAGCGUUAUGAUGGAGACGUGGGGGAUUUAGGACUGACACUCUCCUAUGAUGAGGAUGUCAUGGGACAGCUCGUUUGUCAUGAGCUCAUACCUGGUGGGAAAACAAUGGCCGUCACCAAUGAGAACAGGAUCAGCUACAUCCACCUCAUGGCUCACUUCCGUAUGCACACACAGAUUAAAGAACAAACGGCAGGUUUUAUCCGAGGUUUUCGCUGCAUCAUUAAUCCAGAGUGGCUGCACAUGUUUUCAACACCUGAGGUUCAACGUCUGGUCUCAGGAGACAACGCUGAAAUUGAUCUUGAUGACCUCAAAAAACACACAGUUUAUUAUGGAGGAUUUCACAGCAGCCAUCGAGUCAUCAUCUGGUUGUGGGACAUCCUGUCCAGUGACUUUAAUGCUGACGAGAGAGCUAUGUUCCUAAAAUUUGUUACCAGCUGUUCGAGGCCACCUCUGCUAGGAUUCGCCUACCUCAAGCCACCUUUCUCCAUCCGCUGUGUGGAGGUUUCAGACGAUCAGGACACUGGUGACACCCUUGGCAGUGUUCUGAGAGGCUUUUUUACUAUUCGCAAGAAGGAACCCGGGGGUCGACUUCCCACUUCCUCUACGUGCUUCAACCUGCUGAAGCUGCCCAACUACAGCAAAAAAAGCAUCCUUCGUGACAAGCUGCGCUACGCGAUCAGUAUGAAUACAGGCUUCGAACUGUCCUAACUAAACUGGAUCAGGACAAUUUGCACCCAAGGCCUGUGUCUAACAACCUGAACCAAGUUUCAGGCCCAGCUUAUCAGGACUCGAACCUGUCACAUCAGAGGGAACGACACACAGACUGAAGGGGAGUCACAAAGGACCCACACAGUCGUCAUUUCUCUAUCCAGGACUGAACGAGCUCAGUUUGACUUUAGAUGCUGUUUGUGCAGCACAAUGUGAUUUUAAAGGUCUCCCUCUGCCAUUACUAAUCUAAGGUGAUCAACUCGGUGAAAUACAGUUGCACAGAGGCUGAAUCUGUUUCUCAGGCUUAACAGAAUCAUUUUGGAUCCAACAGGUUCCUUUUAGGUGAACUGGAAAGCAAUACAGAUGCAAUGCAAGCCAUUAUGGUAUUACACAUGGUUGACUCACACAAGUAAAACCAAGCAAUGUAUUGUCAUAAACUCAAAUCUUUGGACUUGCUGCGGUAGGACGAGUCCUUUAAGUGUUUAGUUGAACACAAGGUGUCUUUUAUAAUACGGACAAAGACAACUCAUUCUCAUGUCAUCGAUAUAUGUGCAUAAGAAGUGCUCACAACAAUAAUGUGUAAAUGUGUUGACAAUUAAUGUCUCAUUUUCAAAGGAAACAAUGUCAUUUAAUUCUACACUAGGAGACACUGCAUAGGACAGAGAAGUGUUAAACAGUGUACAAAUGAAAACACUUCUGCAUUUCUUGAACAGCACCAAAAAGCUCCUGCUGUUUAAUUCAGAAUGAUUUCUUCUAAUAUUGGAUCUUUUUCGUGACUGGUCCUCCCAUUUUGGUGGAGCAGAGGAAAGCAAAUGUUCAUCAUGAUGUCUUUUAACGUACACUCCAAAAAAAAAGAAGAGUAAAAUCAAUCCUUUGUACUUGUUGUAAAAAUGAACUUCUUACACUACACAGAGUGCCUCAUGUAACGUCGCGCCCCCUUCAUUCUAACAACUGACUGUGUCCCAGCUGUUUCCAGUAACCACGUAUAUAUUGGAGAAA